AUGUUCGCCCAACCUUUGGAUCACAGUUUCAAUGAUUUAUUCAACCAGUACGUCAAUGUGGACACCUCUUGUGUCGAUGGCAACAAAGACGUUUCAUUCCCCGGCGAUCUUGACCAACUAUUUCAACUGGAUUCAUUGUCAAGCGAUUGUGGCGACCUCUCACCCACCAUCCCCACAUCCAAGCAACAGCAUCCAUCUGUGCAGUCGUGGAGCCGGGACUUCUGGUGUCUGGCACAGGACGCCGAUGUAUCUGCAGGCCAAGGUCAUUUCUCUUUAGAAGACACCAUCCACCCCUCGGCAGUCUCAGACCUCAGCAUCACCCUUGAAGCUCCCUCAGUCGCCUAUACCGCAGACACCCGCACGUCUCCGUCCACUCCUCCGGCUACCCCCAGUCGCAAAGUCAAGAGUGCGCUUGUCACUCCCAAGUCGAUCCGUCGUCAUCGUGAUUCCAAUGACCGUCGCGCUUUACUGCGCAAGCAAAGCUUUUCGCCCAGCUUAACGCGCUCAUCUCAAAUCCAACGAAGCAGGAUGGCCUACCCCGAAGCAUGGGCACAGCGAUUCCAGGAUUUCGCCUUUCGUAGCUCCGAAGCUCAGCUACCUUUGUCACCACCACCAUCCGAUAUCCUCGUUCAACAAGAAAACAUGGCUGCCGAUCCGGUCGGUAUGCCUAUGGCGCGCUCAGCAGAAGCGCUGCCUCGGGAACCAGACAUGUCUUCCCACUAUGAGCCCAGCAUGUUCACUCAAUCUCCUGCCAUCACAAUGCCUUCCCCGUCGGCUGGCGCACUGGCAAGACAACAACAACGUUUCUUGAGUCAGUCGAACAGCUCCACGCUGAGCACAUCAAGCCCGCCUUCCGCCGAUCACAUCUUCUCUUCCCCGCUUUCGUCCGACCCUCAAUCAAUGUCCUCGUGGCAAUCCGACUCCCUUGCCUCUAGCUUGCCGUACACCCCCGAAUUACAGACCCACGAUGCUCAGACAUGGUGGUCACCGAUGACGUCCCGGACCGCCCCGCGGCAACCCUCCUACCAACAACUUAUCGCCUCGCCUUGCCCUCAGCGGCCGACUCAGAGCUCUACAAAUCGACAUGACAUGCUACAGGGAGGCCUCAUGAUCCAGUUGGAUCCCUCCUCAUUCGACCUCUCUCAACCACAAAGUCACUCAUACCCUCCAUCUGGCAUGCAAUCCACUGCCAGCGGCGAACAAAGCCGCUCAUACAGUCACGGCUCCUCUAGCAUUCAGCAGUCCGUGGAAUCGUCGUCCUUCACCACACCGCAACUAAAAAGUACCUCACGCUCCCCAUCGUUGUCCCCGGGAAGCGGGUCGCCUCCGACAGGCAGACCGAUUAUACAAUGCCAAGGAGGGAUCAAAACCCCUCGCCGUCAUAGCAACGGUCGCAAACUAUCAGGCAAUUCCAUGAGCGCUCCCAAACCAGCCACCAAAGUCACCAGCUCGGGCAGUCCCCGCGGCAAGGCCGUCACCGUAUCUUUCGUGAACUUCACUGCCAAUGACAGCAAGAAGAUUCUUACCGGGGUGGCUCCCAGUGGCAGUUCGAAGACAAAGGCACGACGAGAACAAGAAGCCCGCGAUCGACGGCGCAAGCUGAGUGAAGCCGCGCUGAAUGCCGUGCGCAAUGCUGGCGGCGAUGUUGAAGCUCUAGAAGCUAUCCUAUGCUAA